GUCACAGGUGAUGUCCCAUGAAGAAGCACAGGAACCGACACAAACCAAUCAGGAGGCGGGGUUAAAGAAAAAACAAGGAAUUUCCUGCUGGGCUACGACAACACGGGAAGAUGAAUGUGGGUGUAGCUCACAGCGAGGUGAACCCCAACACACGUGUGAUGAACAGCAGGGGGAUAUGGCUCACCUACCUGCUGCUGACCGUUGCGUUACACAUUGUCCUGCUCAGCAUUCCUUUCUUCACUGUGCCACUCGUCUGGACCCUUACCAAUGUCAUCCACAACCUGGUGAUGUACCUGUUUCUACACACAGUAAAGGGCACUCCCUUCGAGACACCAGACCAAGGCAAAGCCCGACUGCUCACUCACUGGGAACAGAUGGAUUAUGGUGUCCAAUUUACAGCUUCACGCAAAUUCCUCACUAUCUCACCAAUUGUUCUGUACAUCCUUGCCAGUUUCUACACAAAAUAUGAUGCAACACAUUUCCUUAUCAACACCGGCUCCCUGCUUAGUGUCCUCCUGCCAAAACUGCCUCAGUUUCACGGAGUACGGAUAUUUGGGAUCAACAAGUACUGACAAGACUGAACACUGGAUGUUAACCACCAACACUGGACAUUAAGUUUUGUUUUUAGUCUGAAUUAUGUGAGGUUUAGAGAUCAAGGCGAACCAGCUCAAAUCAUUCACCUGUAUAGGCUGUGUGGAGUGAUUGCAGUGUGCAGCAUGAAAAAGUGAAUGCGCUGCUGUUGUUUCAUGUUUUUCCUUUACAUUCCUAAUGUUUUGUUUUUAACAGGCUCUCCCAAAUUUGACCACAAGAAAGGGCUAAGUCUGAACUGCAUUGAUGUAGUUAAUUUAUCCUUUCCUUCACCCAGUCUCAUACACAGCUUUUCUGUUACAAACUGCACUGGCUGCAUGUCUGUAAAUGUGUGAUUGUCUUGUUAUAAAUGUAAAUGAGACUUUUCAGUCAUUGUGUUCAUAUUUUGGAUGAUACUUUAUUCUUGCAAGUUAUGAUGAAGGAUUUACAUGUAGUAGGCUCUUACUGGCCUAGACAAACACUGCAGUCUU